GUCGCGCAUGCGCCGUGCACUAUCUCAGUAUAGAGAGCAGCUCAGAAGUAGCCACAGAGAUGAAGACUCCUCCAGACAGGUCUGGAAUUAAAUUUGAGGUUGGAGCCCAACUGGAGGCCCGGGAUCCGCACAAGAAAUGGUACCCGGCCACCAUCGAGAGGAUCGACUACGAGAAGGAGCAGGUUCUGAUCCACUACCGGCAGUGGAGCCGGCGGCACAAUGAAUGGUUUCAGUGGAACUCGCCGUACCUGCGUCCACUGGAGCGAGUCAGCCUGAGGAGGCAGGGUCUGAGUCCGCUGCAGUCCACACCGUUACAGGGACAAAAGUUCUGGCCUGUUGGACUGACUGUCGCUUCUACCCAGCUAAGAUUCUGCGGGUUAACAAGGACGACUCCUACACUGUACGAUUCUACGAUGGCGUGGUUCGGACCGUGAAGCCCACAAAAGUCAAACCCUUCCAAAGAAAGCCGCGAGCAGAGAGAAGCGCUGUGGGAAGCGAGGGCUGGGAGGAAGGAGAAAGCGAGGAAGACGGCGAGGUAAAAGGCGAAGGAUUAGGAGAGGACGAAGAGCAGACUAAAGGAGGUGAGGGAGAUCAGGAGAACGUGGGAUCUGAGGGGACGGAUGAAGCUGAAGGGGGAAAACAGGAGCAGGACGCUCCUCCCUCGUCUUCUGAUCCACCUGCAAAGAAAAAAUCGGACGAUGGCAGAGGCAGUGAUGUUAAAGCUCAGCCAAUCACAGCUGACUCCUCCCUAUCAGAUCCUCCUAACCCCGCCCACAUCAACCCAGAUGUCCUGUUGGAGCGUCAGGCUCACUUACCCACAACACACAAGUUCAGCAGAGAGCCCUUGUACCGGGUCAUAAAGAACCAGCCCCCACCAAUCCUCUCCAUUGAGCUGGACCACAACCCCUUCAAGUGUCCAUCUGCCGGCUGCUCCAAGUCGUUCCGGAAGGCGAGUCUUCUGCACUACCACAUCAAGUAUUACCACUCUGACCAGCAGCUGGACGGAGGCGGCACUCCAGAGGCAGCGAGGAGGAAGCGCUCCUCCUCUGAGGGGGCCGACUUUGUGUCCAGCCGGAGAAUGGAGAACCAGAGCAGCUGUUAUCAUGACGAUACAGAGCAAAGCAUCUUGGGAAAUGAGAUGAAGAAGGAUGGAGGGAGGGACAAGACAGGAGGACAGGACCGGAAGGAGAGGAAGCACUUCCUGAAAGUAAAACUAAGAAAGAAGAAAAAGAAGAAGAAGAGAAAGAGUCAGCCUGGAUACGGUAGCAGUGAUGAUGAGAGCCCAGACAGGCCUCCCAUCACUCUGAAGCUGUCACACACACUUGUGGACGAAGGCAGUGACUGGUCGACGCUGACGGCAGAGAGCGGAGAGGACGCAUCCUGUUGGCCGGUCGCUAUGGAAACAGAUGAAUGUGAGGUGGUGAGAUGUGUGUGUGAAGUGGAUGAAGAAAACGACUUCAUGAUUCAGUGUGAGUCGUGUCUCUGCUGGCAGCACGGCACCUGCAUGGGCUUAUAUGAAGACAAUGUUCCUCACAACUACAUCUGCUACUACUGCAGACAGACUGCAGGUUGGAGGCGUGCUCAACGUUUCCUCUCUGAAACUGACUGGCUGAUCUCAGGCCACAUGUUUGGCCUCUCAUGUGUCAAAGAGAACUAUGCCCAGAUCAACGGCUCCAAGAUUUCCCACACCCGCCAUCUGCUGGCGCACACGUAUCAGAUCAGUCAGGUCCUCAGUGGGCUGCAGCUGAAGAUCAGCCUGUUACACUCUCCAUCCCAGUCCGACCUGCAGCUGUGGAGGUUGCCGUGGAGACAGGAAGAGGUGGGACGGCUCAUGUCCAGUCCCAAAGGGGAACCUCCUGUGUGUUACGUCAGCAGCGAGCACUGCUACCAGAAACCUGGAGCAUCGUGGGAAAAAGCAGAAGAACAAGAUGAGGAAAGACAAACGGUAUCAGUCAAGGAGGAGGCUGACACUGACGAGAAGGAGAUUAAGCCUGAAGAUGUCGCCCAGCAGACGUUUGAUGCCAUGACACAUUCACAUGUGCACAACAACUUCAAUAUCAAACAGGCGGGCCUCCCAUAUGUGGAGAUCAGCCAACCCACGCACUCUGCCUCUACGAGCGAGUGCCAACUGCACCUGUUAGACCAUGUCGAGUCUCUUCACCAACAGAUCAGCACCAGGAUGGACCUGAUAGAGCGAGAGCUGGAUGUGUUAGAGUCGUGGUUGGACCACUCGGGCGAGCUGGAGCCUCCGGACCCGUUGUCCCGCCUCCCGCAGCUCAAACUGAGAAUCAAGCAGCUGCUGAGCGACCUGUGCGUGGUGAGACGCCUGUCGGUCUGUCACUGACUCCCACUGUGGAGGAUCGGGGAUGUAAAAAGAGAUUUAAAAAAAAAAAAGACUUUCAACAAAACUCUCUCUGCACAAGAGCGCCCUCUGGAGACGAGGGCCAACAGCACGGGAAGGAGGAGGAUAUUUUUUUAGCGUAACUCAUCAAGUGUCUGAAAUGUUUCGGCAGCAGAGUACAGACGGGUUGGAUCCUUCGUUGGAGCUUUGGACGUUAUCGACACCUGGGCUGCUGCGGGAUGAGUUUUAUCAUCGACUGACAGCUCAGAACGUUAAGUGCUGUUCUAUGUUCUUUUAUGUCAUCAGGUUGUAGCAAUUGACCGACGCAGACAUCAGGAAGAGGGAUAAUUUUAUAAUUUUGUUAUUUCUCAACAGCAUUUUUUUUAAUAAUUGCACUAAUAUUAGUAAAAAUACUAAAUAUAUUCUGUUUUGUAAUUAACUAAACCACAAAUGAAACUUUUUGAAAGUUUUAAGGUUUGCUGAAGUAGACAGCAGGACUCACACUGAGCUUCUCUCUGUCACCACAAUGCUUAGUUUCCUUCAUCAUUUCAUUCAUUUAUUAUCAGAAAGGUUAAUGACUAAAGGAUGACUGACUCCACGUCUGAAACCUGAAGCCAAUUCAGAAGUUGCCUACAUUUAUGGACUAAAACUGGAUUUGAUGGCUUGAGUUUUACUUUGAAGAUGAGUGCUGAGUGGCUUCACCCAGUUAUAUACUUUGUAGGAGUCAUAUUUAUUAGGUUUUAAGUCAUUUCUCCCAUGUUGUUUUUAGAAAUGUCUACUUUUUAUUUCUCUAAUCUUUGUUUCUUCAAUUUGUUUGUAAUCAAACUCACGUUAAGAGGUCAAAACAUAAAGUUCAGCUUUUUUCAGAUUGAGCUUUUGAUUUUUGCAAGUGUCAGGAUCUAAUUCUGGUUCAUGUUCCAUUUACUCGCUUGUUUAAUUCCAAGCAGCUCUGCUUGUUUUUCUUUCUAUCUUGUAUGAGGACAUAAAAACUCAAUGCUGUGGUUUGUUUGGAAUUGUUUGAAUAUACUUUGGAGUAUACUUUGAAGCAAAAUCUCAUUUAUUCCAGUUUUCUUUAAACAUGUAUCUAAAUACACAUUUUAGUUUUCUUCAGGCUUGGUCGGGUUAAAGCUAAAUGACUAUCGCCUCUCCUGAGUCACCUGUAGUUGAAGUUAGACCUCCAGCACAGCACAGUUUGUCUGUUUCUCUUAACUUCAGUCAGAAUAGGAAGGAACCAUUCAUAGGACAAACCUCCGUUUCUGUUUUUCCCUUGAAACUCUGAUUUAAAUUUUCACUUUCUUGACUUUAAUAAAGUUCUAAAAAUACUCA